UUUAAACGAAAUUUUCGCGUUGAACGUGAAAGUGCGGAAUAUUUAAUUGCAAAAUAUACCAGCAGUUCCUACUACGUAAGGAGAAACUACAAAGGGGGGAGACCACAAGCACCACCAAAUACGCAUGUGUUAUUGUUUUUAUGGUUUUGCAGCAAUAAAACAACUAGACGCGAAGUUAGCAAUAUAUUUAAUAUGUCAUAUUCUUGUGCCCAUAACGUGCUAAACAAUGUUAUGUCGUUUCUGCUUGAGCUUUCACCGAACAUCAUAAAAUUCGCUCAAAGUGUUGCUGAAAAAGAGAUUAUAGCAAACGAUUUUGCGGAAAUCUGUGGCUUCCCUAACGUAUUAGGCUGCAUUGAUGGAACCUACAUCUCGACAAGGGCGCCGAGGCAUAAAAUUCGCUCAACAUAUAUAAAUAGGCACGAUACCAUUUUCGUGACUAUGCAGGGUAUAUGUGAUGCAAAUUUAAAAUUUAUAGAUGUUUUCACUAGUGUGCCGAGUAAAGUGCAUGACUCGCGUGUAUUGAAGUUACCCUUCAUUGGUAAGGAACUUCAAAAGCUUUGUCUACCAAAAUAUCAUCUUUUAGGUGAUUCUGCUUAUCCGAUCCGAAAUUACUUGUUAACGCCGUAUGGGGAUUACGGGAAUUUAACUGAGCAUGAAAAGACGUACAAUUACAAUUUUAGUCAAACUCGGGUUCGAAUAGAAAACGCCUUUGGAUUGUUGAAAUGUCGCUUCCGGCAGCUUAUGUGAUUAGAUUUUCAUGAAGUUGAAACUACAGCGAAGUUUAUAAUGGCAUGCUGUGUACUUCAUAAUAUUUGCAUAGACAAACAAGAUGUUAUUGAUAGGGAAGAAUACUGCGUUGAACCUUGUACCGUUCAGGAGCAAAAUCUUCCAUCCGAAGUAAGUGACUCCGUUCUUACCGAGCUUGGCGAAAUAAAAAGAAGCCAAAUAAAGUCUCUUUUUUGACGCGUUUGUUUAAGCCGUGCCUGCUUUGGAUCACAACUUUUAUAAUUAUUAAUUAUUAUUAAAAUUAAUCAAAAUCGAAGA